UUGUUUCUUUUCUCUCAUCGCCCAGCCUCGGGCAACAAAUCUUCCUGGUACCAUCGAGAAGUCGGGCUGGAUACGGCUUAUGCUGUCAGUGGCCCUGAUAAACCCAACAACAACAACAUUAACUGUGAAAAGCGAAAAUAGCUGGCAAUUGUGACUUAUCUUACAAACCACAAGAUGCUUCGCCAGUAUGCCAUCACUGGUGUAGCAGCUGGUAGAAGGAUACUCCCUGAGCACAAAGUUUGGGGAUCAAGUUUUUACUCACUUUAUGGAACAACAUCCUGUUUAUGCAAUAAGGAAUGCAGGUUUAGAACAAAUUUACCUUACAGCACAAAAUCAUCCACACCAUUUCCUUUACAGUCACAGGUUGUAAUUUGUGGAGCUGGUCUAGUGGGAAACAGCAUAGCUUAUCACUUGACUCGUGAAGGCUGGACUGAUGUUGUUGUACUGGAUCAAAAUGAAAUUGGAUCUGGAACAUCUCACACUGGGUCAGGUGUCUUGGGAGUGUUCAAACCAUCUGCAGAAAGGCAGAUUGUUACAUAUUCUGUCAACCUGAUCAAAAGAUUGCAGGAUGAAGGUCAUGAUUUAGGUUUUAAACAGUGUGGCAGUUUAAACCUGGCUCAGACAAGAGAGAGAACUAUUGCUCUGAAACGAAGGCUUGCAUACUCUAAGCCAUCUGGACUUGAAUGUGAGUGGUUGGACCGUCAUGAGAUCAAGCGACGGCACCCACUGCUACACACUGCUGACUUGGAGGGUGGUGUGUGGGUACCUGGUGAUGCUGUUGCUGACCCUUAUGCUGUGUGUACAACAUUUGCAUCAUUGGCACAGAGUCAAGGAGCAUUGUAUGUGGAGCAUUGUACUGUGGAACGUAUCAUGACUGAUGAAGUGCCACACUCUCAAAUUAUCCCUCGGGUCACCCAUAUUGUAACUUCACAAGGAACUAUCCACUGUGAAUAUUUUGUCAAUGCAUCUGGGAUGUGGGCUCGGUCAGUGGGGGAAAAUAGCUCUCCAAAAGUUCGCAUACCUGCAUUUCCAGCAGAACACUUCUUUCUACGUACAAUACCUGUAACAGAAGCACAGGAUGGAUUACCAGUUGUUCGAGAUUAUGAUUCACAUACAUUCUGCCUCGCCCGCAACCAGCAGUUUGUUGUGGGAGGGUUCGAACGACAUGCCAAGCCAGCAUUUGAAAAUGGGAUUCCACAGAAAUGGAGGGAGGCUUUGAAAGGGGAUGAUGAACACUUUAGACCAAUCCGUGAAGCAGGCGAACACCGCUUACCCUUGCUGAAAGAUGUAGAGUACCAGGCGCUGAUCAAUGCACCAGACAAUUUCUCACCUGAUGGCAAAUGGAUUUUGGGAGAAACACCUGAGAUUGAUAAUUAUUUUGUAGCAGUUGGAAUGAAUGGCAACAAUUUACAAGGUGGUGGUGGAGUAGGGCAAGCUAUCGCCGAGUGGAUCAUGUAUGGCUCAUUGGCUACUGAAAUGUUGCCAUUUGAUGUAAGGCGCUUCAUUGAUCUUCACAAUAAUCGGCGCUACCUCAAAGAAAGAACCAGGGAAGUUGUAGGAAGGCACUAUGAGAUUUUGUAUCCUGGUCAGUGUGAAUAUAGAUUAGCGAGGAAGUUACGAUGCUCUCCUGUUUAUAGCGAACAGGAAGCUCAGGGAGCAGUCUUUGGAACACGAAUGGGCUUCGAGCGUCCACUGUAUUUUGAUAUCACCCAUUCAAGAACUGACCCUCCAGCACAGAUGUCAGGAGGCUCCUUCAAGAAACCAGUUUUCUUUGAUUGUAUUCGUGAGGAAUACCAGGCAUGUAGAGAAGGUGUGGGCAUCAUUGACCUUUCUUCCUUUACCAAAAUUAAAAUUACAUCUGCAGGAUUAGAUAAAUAUAAGCAGUUUGAUGCAGAUGAAACAAAGUCCGCAGGGAAUCAAGUGGUGGAAUAUAUGCAGAAACUUUGUAGUAAUGAUGUCAACAUGCCAGUUGGUGGAGUAAUUCAUACUGGCAUGCAGAAUGAACGUGGUGGCUUUGAAAAUGACUGUCUCCUUGUAAGAAAAACAGAUAACAGCUACUUGAUGCUGGCCCCAACAACCCAGCAGACGCGUGUCAUGGACUGGUUGAGGCGGCACAUUACUGCUGAAGCUUGUGUGUCAGUUACAGACAUCUCUUCCAUGUACUCUGUGCUUGGUAUUGUGGGGCCAAAAUCCAGGGAAAUGUUGUCACUCAUGUGUAACAAUGAUCUGGUACUUCAUGGACAUAUGGCAAAAGAUAUCAAUAUAGCCUAUGCAUCAGGAGUAACAGUGUUAUCCUUCAUACAUAUGGGAGAACCAGGCUAUACAUUGAUUAUCCCUGCAGAAUAUACUCUUCAUAUUUACAAUCAACUAAUGAAGGUGAGACUGAAGAUACUCAUUUUUAUAAUUCCUAAAUCAGAGAGAAUUUUCUUCAUAGUGUUUAAUAAGUUUAAAUUUCAGAAAGAAUACUUCAUUGGUAAGUUUGCAUUGAUGCGCCAAUCAAGUCAAGGUCUGAAGAAGAGACUUGUUCAUCUAACUCUGGAUGAUAGCUUUGACCCUGAUGAAGAUGUCUGGCCUUGGGGUGGCGAGCCUAUAUUUCACAAUAAUCUCUAUGUGGGCAAUACAACAUCAACAGCUUUUGGAUUUACAUUAAAUAAAAUGGUAUGCCUUGGAUUUGUCCGGCAUCAUGAGCAACAAAACGUCACUGAGUACAUACUUCAAAAUGCAAGCUUUGAAAUUGACAUAGCAGGGCGAAGAGUUGCUGCUCAUGCUUCUCUUCAACCUCCUAAAAUGCCUGUGGUCAGAAUGGAUGGCUUUGCUUCAUACAGGCCAAAAUCACGUGGAAUUAUCACACAAAAAUAAUCAUAUUUGUACAGUUUCAUAAAGUUUAUAUUCUAGUAUGCAGAAUUUAAAGAACGGCUGAAUUUGUAAUAUUUUAUUUUACAGUAUCCCUCAUUAUUUAUUAUAAAAUAUUUUUGUAGUACAUUUUUUUCUGAAACUAUUUUUUUCAUAUUUAACCGCAGUAUUUGUAUAGAGCUUUAAAAAAAUAUGAAUACCAAGGGUACAGAAUCAUUACAUUACUGUAUCUUUAUAUUUUUCCUCAAAAACUAUCAGUUUAAUGAACAUAUUCUACACUUUUGUAGUAAAAAAUAGUCAUUUAAAUUAAAGAGUUAAAAAAAUAUUAUAGUAAUUUUUUUGUGUGUGAAUGUAUUCACCCAGUUAUGUUUGUGGGAAAUUAUUAUUAUU